GGCCCACUGCCUCUCCUUGUUGUCUUUCCUUUGCUGUGCAAAAGCUACUACCAAGCCUUGGUAAGAAAUUAGCGUGUCCGCCAGCCAUCGGCGUGCCCAUCAUGGCGUUGCACGCAUCACGCCUCCCUCUUUUCCAUGCCCUCCGCGCUACGCGGCACGCGGGUAUGAUGCUCCGGGGCGCCAGGUUUGUAAACAUGGCAGCCGCGGCGAGUGCUCCGAAGCGCGAGGGUGACAUAUCAGACGCAUUUGCCUCCCUCUCUGGCCAAAAGGAGGAACCGCUACCAGACCGCUACCGGCUGCUCAAGCUCUCGCUGGUGGCCGGUUGCGAGAGGGAGAUCCAAGACAGCUGGGACAGACUACUCGUUGCCUUGCGGGCUGAGACCGAGGUGAUCGCAUCAGGGGGUUCCCGGGUCAUUCCAGAGGUUCAGUUCAGCCGUCUCGGGUCGGACCUACCGAGACUCCGGGGUGAGAUACAGAAGCGUGGAGCUGCCGUGAUCAGGGGUGUUAUUCCCAAGGCAGAGGCCCGCGCUUAUAAGAACGAGAUUGAGGAGUACAUCCGCAAGAACCCGACAACAAGAGGCUUUCCCGCCCACGACCCCCAAGUGUUCGAGCUGUACUGGAGCGCGCCCCAGAUCAAGGCCCGCGCGCACCCCAACCUCCUCCGCACCCAGCGCGCCCUCCUCUCGACGCUGUGGCACGUCGGGGCCGCCUCGGCCGGGCAGGAGGAGGAACCGCUCGUGGACCUCUCGACGCCGCUGGCCUACGCGGACCGGCUGCGGAUCCGGCAGCCGGGCGAUGCCUCGUUCGCGCUGGGGCCGCACCAGGACGGCGGCAGCGUCGAGCGCUGGGACCCGGACGGCUACGGCCGCGGGCGCGUCUACGACUCGGUCCUGGCCGGCCGCUGGGACGCGCUCGACCCCUGGGACGCGGGCGCGCGCGUCGGCGCCGUCUGCAACCUGCACGACGGCCUGGGCGCCUGCUCCGCCUUCCGCGCCCUGCAGGGCUGGCUGAGCAUGAGCGCGUGCGGGCCCGGCCGCGGCACCCUGCUCGUCUACCCGAACCCGGCCCUCUCGGCCGCCUACACGCUGCUUAGGCCCUUCUUUAGGCCGGUCCGGCCGCACGGCGCGUUCGGCGGCGUCGGCGGCGGCGGCGACGGCGGCGUUGCGAGCGAGGGGUUCCUGCGCGCCGAGAACUGGGCUUUCACAGCCGGCCGGGACAUGACGUCGGACCUGCAGGGCGCCACGCCCGGCCGCGGGCAAGAGUUCCCGCGCGCGGAGCUGCACCCGCACCUCGAGCUCGCCAGGACCAUGGUGCCCAUGCCAGAGGUCGAGCCGGGCGACUACGUGGUCUGGCACUGCGACACGAUCCACGCCGUCGAUCCAAAGCACGGCGGCACGUCCGACUCGAGCGUCCUUUACAUCCCCGUCUGCCCCGUCACCGAGCUGAACGCCGAGUACCUGGUGAGGCAGCGCCAGGCCUUCCUCGCGGGGACGCCCGGCCCCGACUUUCCCGGCGGCAAGGGCGAGUCGGAGCACGUUGGCCGAUCCACAGCCGAGUACGCAAGAACGCAUCUGGGCCUGGAGGGGCUCCAGGCAUUUGGGCUGGAAAAGCUCACCAUCCCCGAUGGCAUCCGGCCCGGGGCCCGGGCUGUGCUGGAGAAAGCCAACCGAAUAUUGGGUUUCGAAUGAGUGAGGUGGCCCCUUGGCUGGGCCAAAGUCGAUUUGCGCUUACGCGCCGCUCUUAAGCCUUUGUUGACCUUUUGAGUUUUCCCUGACGGCGUAGUCCGGAGCUGAGCUGAGCUUGAUGUCGGGUGGGGGUAAGGAGGAACAGCCGGAGCCACGCAUUACUUACGUCGGACGGCUAGGCCCUUUGGUAUCAUAACCCUCUGUCCGAAAGACUAUAGGUGACAUCAGCCCGUGAGGAGGGUGGGCUCACAGUGUAGCACCACCGAGUUGCCAAAAAUCAGGACCGAGACAGAUCGCCCUGGAGAGCAAAGGUGGCGGUGGGCCUGCAAUGGUAAAGGAACCGUUCGUCCCAGGCCGAAAACGUGAAGAAGAGAACUUCAGAAUCAGCAAAUUCAUUCACACAUUAACAAACGAAAUCGCUAUAUCUCUAGAUAGUUUUCGGACAACGUAAAAGUCUUCCGUCCAUCUACUAAAGAACGC